AUGGCAGAGGCUGUUGUCGGGCAGCUGGUAGUCACACUCGGGGCCGCGCUGGCCAAAGAGGCGGCGAUCUUCGGCGGGUCGCUGCUUGGCAAGGAAGCCACCGCCCUCAGGAGCCUCUUCGGCAAGAUCCGCGAGUCCAAGGCAGAGCUGGAGAGCAUGCAGGCCUACCUACAGGAGGCGGAGCGGUUCAAGGAUACUGACAAGACCACCGCCAUCUUCAUCGCCUCGGGACUUGAACGAAACAGCAGCAGCUACUACUCGGCGACGCUGUACGUGGAGCAGCGGAACUUGAUGGAAUGGCCAGCUGAUGUGGAUGCUGCGUACUCGGGGCUCCAAGCGGGCCUUGCCUUCCAGGUCGAGGACGUCGUCGAUGAGUUCACCUACAAGCUGGAGGACUGCAAGCACGGAGGGUUUGCUGUCCAGAUGAAGAAGAGGCUCAAUGAUAUCAAGACCUGGCACUGCCUCACGGCCAUGCUCCAAGAAAUCGAAACCAAGCUUCAGGAUGCCAAGCGGAGGAAGAAGGAUUACACCAUCAUCAGCAGACCUGCUUCUGCUGCCAGAUUGAUGAGUAAAGGUCAAGCUCUGCACUUCACCAGGGAUGAGGACCUUGUGGGGAUCAAUGAAAACAAGGAGAUAUUGAUACGGUGGCUGACCAGCGGUGGUGAUGGUCUGGAGCAGUGCAGCAGCAAAAUCAUCACAGUGUGGGGGAUGCCUGGCGUUGGUAAAACCACUCUGGUUGCUCAUGUGUACAGUGUCGUGAAAUUGGAUUUUGAUGCCACGGCCUGGGUAACCGUGUCGGAGAGUUACCGUAUUGAGGACCUGCUGAAGAAGAUUGUGGCCGAGUUCGGCAUUGCAGUCGACGUUGCUAAAAUUGAGAUGAGAGGCCUAGCAGAGUCCAUCCACAACUACCUUCAAGGUUAAAAGUACAUCUUGGUCCUAGAUGAUGUUUGGGCUGCACGUGUUUGGUGGGAGAUAAGAAAUGUCUUCCCAACAUCUAACUGUACCGGACGAUUUGUUAUCACAUCAAGGAACCAUGAUGUGUCACUGUUGGCAACUAGGGAGUCUGCAAUUCACUUGGAACGGUUACAACCACAUCACUCCUGGGUGUUGUUUUGCAAAGGGGCCAUUUGGAAUGAUAAUGUCAAUGAGUGCCCGUUGGAAUUGCAAGAAUUGGCUUGGAACUUCAUAAGAAAGUGUCAAGGCUUGCCUAUUGCUAUUGCAUGCAUUGGACGCCUACUCUCCUACAAAGCCCCAACUCUUGCCGAAUGGGAGAGUGUGUAUAUGGGUUUGGAUUCACAGUUGAUAAAAGAUGUGAUCCCUGAUGCUCAUAUGAUUCUGAAGGUUAGUUUGGAGGACCUUCCAUAUGAUUUGAAGCAUUGUUUCUUACAUUGUGCAACUCUCUUAUUUGCAAUUGUAACAGACUACCCUGAUCUUUUAUAAAUGAAUAUGACAUGCGUAUGGAGUUUCCCUAAAGGUUUCUGGUAAAAAAAUUAUCGUAUAUCAUAAUCAUUUUUCCUUGAUAAUAAUGAUGAGAAGUAAAUCAGUGCAUUAAUUUUAUUGGAUUACUAUUGCCUUUUUUAUUGAGCGAUACACAUGUUCAGGUGCUCACAAUUAGGAUGAUCUAAACCAAUGGAUCGGGAUGCCUCUUUGGAUGUUUCUAUAUUGGUAUAGAUUAGUGUAGUUGUUUCUAUCAGUGGUUAAACAUAUACCCAACCGAAUAUAAUAACAAUAUUUGCACAUUCAGGGAACUCAGGUUGC